GGAUAUGGAAGGUUGUUUAUGCUUCUGUGCCAAACUUGAAAUAUCUUCAUGUCUGCGGAAUUAUGCGACACUGGUAUAUUUAGCAGUGAGGAUUGUUCUUUACUUUCUCAACUAGAUAGCUUGGAGUUCGGUGUUUUUAAACUUGACGCUCCCGAGUCACAAGAACGUCGUAAACUAUUAGAAAAGGUGACUGAUGUUAUUUACUUGUUAUGCUUUUCAACAGGCCGUUGACUACUUUGAUAGUAUAAUUGCUCAGGCUGUUUUAGAGAUCGAGGAAGAGCGUGCUGUAGAGGAAAGCGAAACUCUUACUAAAGUUGAAUCGGGUAUUAUAGAAGGGAACCCAAAUUCACUGCGAUACAAAAUAUAUGAAAAAUACUCAGAACGACUCGACAAACUUAUUGAACCACAAGUUUAUCUACAUCUUGGCCAUUUUCAGCUUCUGCUCAAUCGUUUUGAUGAUGCCCUUUCUGCGUAUCUUAAGUUUGAAUCACUUUGUCCAAAGGAAUCUUCGACCAACUGCUCUUUUUUGUAUGGCUUAGGUUUAUGCUGUUUUCGCUUCAACGUAUUCAAUAGGACUAUCAGGCUUUUUCAACAAAUUUUAUAUUUACAACCGUGGUUCCCAAAGUGUAAGGAGAUACAUAUUCGUCUGGGCUAUAUAUACAAGGUACAAAAUAACUUUGAACGAAGUUUGAGACAUUUUCGACAAGCUUUGAACGAUUCCACACCUGCUACAUUUAAUCGAGUUGAAUUACGUUUUCAUAUCGCCCAUCUGUUUGAGGUGUGCGGUAAACCUAAACAGGCGAAAACUGAAUAUUUUCAGUUAUUGGAUGUUGAGAAAAGUGGUGCUCCGUCACACAUCCGACACCUUUGUCUUCGGCAAUUAGCUUGGCUUCAUCACACAGGAGCUUUUGGCUCCAAACCUGAAUCGUCAAACGAAAAAGGCCUAGAUGUUCAAUGGCUUCAAAGUGCUUUAGAACUAGAUAACUCCAAUGGCAAAACGUGGUACUUAUUAGGUCGUUGUCAAGCUGCUUUAAAUCAUGUUCAAGAGGCUUUCGCAGCAUAUAGAAGUUCUAUAGACAAAACGGAGGCUAGUGCUGAUACCUGGUGCUCCAUCGGUGUGCUCUAUCAAGAGCAAAGUCAACCGAUGGAUGCUCUUCAAGCAUACUUUUGUGCUGUACAACUAGAUAAAUGCCAUAUUGCAGCUUGGGCGAAUUUGGGUACUUUAUAUGAAAGUAUGCAACAGUAUAAAGAAGCCUUAAAAUGUUAUAAAAAUGCUGUAAACGCUGAUAAACAUAAUGAGGUUCGUCCAGAGAUUCGUUCUCGUUUAGCCGUGUUACAACAGUUAGUUCCAAAACUGUCAGAUAAAGUGACAGGAAACACGUUUAAUGGUCCUAACAACAAUAAUGUAACAUCUAACCAAGUUGGUAACGGAUUUGGUGCUGGUUGUGGUGGAAUAACGAAAUUACCCACGGUGGAUGAGGCAUGGAGCCUACCUAUACCUGCUGAACUAACUCAGCGACAACUUCAACUGAUGUUACAAGAAGCAGCUGCCGGUGAUGCUGGAGGUGGUUCGUUUAAGCGUUCUGAGAGGAAUUUAGCUGGCCUUUUGUUAAAUCCAACCUCCCAGUCAGUCCUUAGAAAACGUAGUAGUUGGCUCCAGUCUGAGGUCAACGGUUCCUGCGAAACUGAGGUAACUGAUGAGUGUGGAGGUUCUUUACCCAAAAGAUCUCGUCAUAGUGAUCGAUCCCCUUCAGUACCUGUGCAACCGUUAAGCAAUCAACAGCUGCAACUGUUACGUUCCCUACAGGCUCAAGGUAGUUGCCUCAGUGCUUCUCAACGUCAGACCCUUAAUAAUUUACAAAACCAAGCAUUGAGAUAUCAUCAUUACAAAAUUAUGCAUAAUCAAAAUCAAACAAAAACAUGUAAAUCGGGUAGUGAUUUCACAGAUGAAGCAGUCUCAACUUCUGGUUCAGCUGGACCAUUUCACGGGGACACUACUGCUACAACAGGCAGUUCUGGUGCUGAUCGUAAUCCGUCCAGUGUAACUGGUGCAGAUACAGUCGAUUUGUUUCCCACUGAGGAUGAUGAUUUAACUGCUGUUGUUGAUAGUCCUGGGUCUGGUAAUUUGCCUGAAGAAGAUUUAGGGUUCUUGACCGAUGACUUACUUGCUCAGUUGAAUGGAUCUGAAGCAGCUACUGGAUUGGAUCUUGUUGAGUUAGCCCUGUUUACUACUGGCUCUAGUACUAGCGAUCAGCGGCAUGCAGGUAACAAUGAUAGUAAUCAGUGUUUAAUCAACGAAAAAUCUCAGUCGAAAUGUAAUGAUCCUUCUACAACUGGCCCAGCUUCCAGAACUGUGACUAAUCCACCGAAAACUGUUAGUCUAAAUACAAUCAAAAAGGAUGAAAUCGACAUGAAAAAUUGCUUAAAUCAAGAACUUGGUAUCGAACCCUUUGUCAAUUCAGAUAGUUUCUCUUCAGGUCCUAUAGAUUUGCAUGCUUACUUAACCAAACCACUAAAUCCACCUACUAAUAUAACUGCAGCUCUGCAUGUUAAUAUGUCUUCUGCUCAAAUCUUGUCUUCGCUUCGUGGCCUUGGCCAUUCAGGUGGGCCCUGGUGGCCCGGCUUACUACCGGAAGGUAGUCCUAUCCCUACACCUCCUGCAAAACCUUACCCACCUCCUCCUAAAGAAAAGCUCUUACCUCCCACACCAAGUGUUUAUUUGGAAAAUCGCAAUGAUGCUCAUUCACUUGAAUUAAUGCGCUACUGUUUUACACAACCAGUAGUCGUAAUACGUGGUUUGGCUGCUGCUCUGCGCUUAGAUUUAGGUUUAUUUUCUACUAAAUCAUUGGUUGAAUCUAAUCCAGAACAUCGAGUCGAAGUACGAACUCAACGUCUUCAACCGCCUGACCAGAAUGUUGAUUCUCAAGGACGUACUGUGUGGCUUUGUGAAUCACCGAAAACUACUACAACAAUUGCCAAAUAUGGAGCUUAUCAAGCUGCGUCGUUUAUUGAAGCAUUAAAAGAAGAAAAGAUUGCUAAUUUUUCCGGUAGUGUACCAGUUACUUCAACUCCAACUUCUAAUACAAUUUCAGCUAUAUCAGUGGAUACAAAAUCUUCUACUGGUGGCGUAUCAAAUGCUGUUACAGGAAGCGGACGGAAAAAUUCUACUCAUUGGUCAAGCGAAUCAACAAAUUGCGAAUUCAAUAUAAAUCAUCCGAAUCAAAUAGGAAGUAAAAUAUCUGGUGAUGAAAAUCAAUCAUUAUCAAAUCAACAGAAUACAGGACGAUCGAAAUUGAUACGUUUCGGAACAAAUUGUGAUCUGUCAGAUCAGAAAAAAUGGUUACCUCAACUUCAUGAACUUACUAAAUUGCCUAUAUUUGUUCGAGUUGUAAGCGCUUUCAGCAUGCUCAGUCAUGUAGGCUAUCCACUUUUAGGAUUAAAUACUGUUCAGCUUUAUUUGAAAGUUCCUGGUUCUCGUACUCCUGGUCACCAAGAGAACAAUAAUUUCUGUGCUGUCAAUAUUAAUAUCGGUCCAGGUGAUUGUGAAUGGUUUGCUGUACCGGAACAAUAUUGGGGAGCUAUUCAUAAUUUAUGUGAGAAGAAUAACGUUGAUUAUUUAACUGGUUCUUGGUGGCCGGAUCUAGAAACACUGUACAAGGAAGAGAUACCAGUUUACCGGUUCAUUCAACGACCUGGAGAUUUGGUAUGGAUCAAUGCAGGUACAGUUCAUUGGGUACAGGCUAUUGGUUGGUGUAACAAUAUAGCAUGGAAUGUUGGCUGUAUGACUGCUCGACAAUAUCAACUUGCUGUUGAACGUUAUGAAUUCAACCGUUUACAUGGGGUUAAAUCUGUUGUACCCAUGACACAUCUUAGUUGGCAGUUGGCUAAAAAUAUCAAAAUAUCAGAUCCAGGAUUGUUUGAACUCAUCAAGCACACACUGCUUCGUAGUCUUAUUCAAUCCCAGUUGACUACUGAUUUUCUGGAGGAGAUGAAUUUAACGGUCAAGCAUCAUGGAAAACGCCCCGAUGAUAUUGCUCAUUCCUGUCAUGAUUGUGAGAUUGAAGUAUUCAAUCUUUUAUUCGUUUUAUCUCAAGAUAAAAAAUUGGUUGUAAGAUGCCUAGAUUGUGCACGUCGAAUGGAUUCUAGUUUGAAAACGUUCAUUAUAUUAUCGGAAUAUUAUAUUCAUGAACUGUGUGAAAUUUUCGAUAAAUUUCAACUUCAAACUCAACCUAUCACGGCCUAUCCAGUGGGAAAAACGUAAUCUACUCACAUCAUUGUGAACUAAUGUGCAUUAAAGAAUCCAAAUAUCAUGUCAUCGAACAAUAAUUAUUGAACGCAUUUCAACAUUUUUGUAAUAUACCAUCAGAAUGCAACAUUCAUGUUUAUACAUUUUCAUUGUUGCUAGUUAUUGAGAAAUUGCAUUGAAAAUUCUCUACUGUAAUUAAAUUGUAUAAUAUAAAGAAGUUGUAAGCUAGAAAUUAACCACCGAAGUAAUCAAUUCUUCAAUGUAUUUUCAUUUGGUUAUAUGUGGUUCAUUCCUUUCAUUCCUUAUAUUCUCACUCUUAAAUUUGAAAACCUACUGUCACUUCGCCCGAAAAGCGAAGGACACCUUCACUUGUCAAACAAAACUCUAAAUGUUAAAUAAAGUUUCUUUUCCUGUUUGUUGUUGUAUGUCUUGCUGUACUUGCUGUUUUAGCUUUCUCUCAUUUCUUUAUGAAUAAAGAGACCAGUUUAAAUUUCCGAAGAA